GAGGGUGAGCUUGUAGUCUACUAUCUGACUCUUCAGAGGCACCAUGGUAAUUUUACAUUGUAUCCUGGGACUAAUUCCUGUUCUCUUGGUUUUAGAACAAAGUGUUUCUGUUUUAGGAAAAGCCAGGCCUGUGGAACCUAUUAACAUUAGACUUACUAGAGAAGUCGGGGCACCAGCUCCCAUUGAUUGCCAGUUAAGUGGUUGGGGCAAGUGGAGUGAAUGUGAGCCAUGUGCCAAGCAAAGGUAUCGAUCAAGGAGUAUUGUGGCAUUUGGUCAGUAUGGAGGAAAACGUUGCUUAAGCCCUUUGGGUGACACACAGAGUUGUAAACCUGACAAGCCCUGUGAUAUUGAGCCACCUGUUUGCCCAAAUAGCGACUACCAGUGCGAAUCAGGAAGAUGCAUAAAGAAGCGGUUAGUGUGUAAUACUGACAAUGACUGCGGAGACUUUUCAGAUGAAUUAUGUGAUGAUCAAGAACCAAAACCAACUUGCCGUGGUGGAGACAUAGAGCUGUCGGAGAUAGGAAAAACUGCAGGAAAUGGAUUGAAUAUCUUGGGUAUGGACACUAGGAGUAACCCUUUUGACAAUGAAUAUUUUAAUGGACUUUGUGACAGAGUUCGAGAUGGUAACACAAGACUUUAUUACCGAAAGCCAUGGAACGUUGCGUCUCUUGUUUAUCAGACUCGAGCAGAUAAAAGUUUUACAACUGAAACAUUUGAAGAUUCUGUUCAAUUGAUAUCAAAAAUGGUUGAGGAAAAUACGAACACUUUUGGAUUAUCUCUAUCUUUAAAAUAUACCCCUACGGAAUUAAAUGAUACCACAAUUACUGGAGGAUUGGGAAUAACAAGCAAGAAAACCGAACGCUUAGAAAAUAUCAAGAAAUACAUCAACGCAAAGAACAAAAUAUUUAUGAAAGUGUCCGGAUCUGUACAGUUGGGAACAUUUCAUUUGAGGAGCCGAGGUGCAAUGCUAUCAAGUACUUUCCUUGAGGAUAUAGCAUUUCUUCCAACUACUUAUGAUAAAGGGGUAUAUUAUGAAUUUUUGGAGACCUACGGAACCCAUUAUACACUUUCUGGAACAGUGGGAGGAAAAUAUGAACUUGUUUAUGUAUUGGACUCUCACAAAAUUAAAACUGAAG